CACAUUGUGCAGUGCCGUGAGACACGUUGAAUGUCAACAGCCUCGGUUGUACUAAAGCUACCACAUUGCUGGCAAGUCACGACAGUUUACUCUCGAGCAGCAUGUUGCCAGCACCACAAUAAACUUGAAGCACUCGCGCCAGAGAACACAGGAGGCAAUGCUGUUUUGAUGUGACACUGUCAUCGUUGAGGGUUUUAAGAACUAUAAACGGUUCCAACCGAACUCUGGCAUAUCUAAGGACCACGGACGAGAGAGCCAUUUCUAAGUAUAGGCGGGAGCUCAAGCAAAUAUUCCCACACACGGUUUGGUUGAGGCGAAGCAUGAAAAGUACAACUCCGUCGAUAUAAAGCUUACUAAUUGACCGUGGGUGCCGACAGAAUCGCCCUUAACAGGGUUUCGUCGAGAGGGGCCCAUUAAACCAUUCAGACCAAGAGGCGGGACAGCAUUAAACGACUAGCAAACACUGCGAACCAAUCGCGUCAUCUGUCACAUCUCGACCUGUUUGGAUAGCGGGGUUUGUUUGCUCUGUGAAUUUUUCCCGUGUCGCUCCGUUAUUAAUAUCCCCAACGUGUGCUUUUGAUCAAUACGGAGUUGAGCAACGGCUGGUCAGGUGAGCUAAGGCAGGGGAGACAGCUAGGAGCAGAGAGGCUAAGUAAAGCCAGUUUUACACCAGAGAGUGAGUGGAGUUGCUUUUUUUUUCACGCCGGACUCUUCAGUGGUGACAACUUAUCGACGCAACUUGUCGCCGUUAACAGCCAAUCGAAUUUAUUUUAUUUUGUUAUUUCUCUUGUGAUUGAGUCGGGGUCCUCAAAGCAGCACGUCGUGGUGGGAUAUUUAAAAGGUUGGAAGCAGGACUGGGACCUUGUUCCUUCAAGAGACACGAGGAUAUCUGAGUCAUGGUAUGCCUCUCUGGGCCUUGUUUCUACUGGUUAGACCAGGUAAUGCGACGAAAAGCGGACUAGUCGCCUCACGCACAUGAUUAAUACUAGGUAGCGAAGGAAGGAGAGAAGGAGAGAUUCGGUGUAUUCGUUAAGGAGGAACAGGCGGUUCAUUAUCUUCACCCCUUCAUCAGCAACGGCAGUAGCGUCAGGAUCGCUACCAUGGGCACUAUGUACAAAGUCAGUCAACUUUGCCAAACCUUGGCUCUUAUAUUUCUAUUACUCACACAGCCGUCCGUGCAAUGCGGGCCGGGUAGGGGCUCGGGCCGAAGGGGGAAACCCAAGAAAUUAACCCCUCUCGUCUUCAAACAGCAGGUCCCGAACGUCUCUGAGAACACACUCGGAGCCAGUGGUCCCGCCGAGGGAAAAAUAACCGAGUCAGACCCGAGAUAUAAAGAUCUGAAAGUAAAUUACAACCCAGAUAUUGUUUUCAGAGAUGAAGAAGGCACGGGGGAGGACAGAAUCAUGACGCAGAGGUGCAAAGACAAAUUAAACAGUUUGGCUAUAUCAGUUAUGGUCAGAUGGCCUGGUGUCAAACUACGAGUCACGGAGGCUUAUGACACGGAUGAGCAGCACUCUAAAGACUCUUUACAUUACGAAGGAAGAGCGGUGGACAUUACCACGAGUGACCGAGAUAGGGCAAAAUACGGAAUGUUAGCCCGACUGGCGGUGGAAAGCGGAUUCGACUGGGUGUACUACCAGAAUAGAGGCCAUAUCCAUUGUUCGGUAAAAUCAGAUUCAGCGGCUGCUGUUCAUGGCGGAGGGUGCUUUGAUGCCAGUGGCCAAGUUACACUCGAAGACGGACACAGGAUACCCAUGUCCGAACUUAAGAUCGGCCAGCGCGUUCUUACCGCGGAUUCCAACGGAAACCUACACUUCAGCGAAGUUAUGAUAUUUCUGGACAGACGAACGGACCACCGAGGCCUGUAUUACACGCUGCAGACGGCAGAUGGAGGAAGCAUUUCACUAACACACAGUCAUAUGAUCUUCGUGUCGUCAACGAACGCCAGUAGUGACACCUAUAGUUUAAAUAAAAAGGCUAUCUUUGCAAGAGACGCCCAAGUUGGACAGUAUUUAUAUCGUGCACACGAGACAACGGGGCACGUGAGACUGAGUCAGAUUGUAAAAAUCGAACCCGGUUGGCGGGAAGGAGCGUAUGCUCCCUUGACAAAGCACGGAACUAUAGUCGUUGAUGACACACUAGCGUCCUGCUAUGGCGUGAUUAAUAGUCAAAAUAUUGCACACAUGGCGUUUGUACCGGCCAGGUGGAUGCACACUGCCAAAAACUUUGCAAAAGACUACUUAAACAUUGACUGGAAGCAAUCAAUGCCACAAAACGGUAUGCACUGGUACUCGAAGUUGCUGUUCAAGAUCUCACCGUACGUCCUGGGAGAAAGCUUGCUUUUCCAACCCUAAUGGCGCCAUUCGCAUCCACUGAUAUUGGUGUGCUUGCGUUUUGUAUUUCGACACAGUCCUCGCAUGGGGUCUUACUUAUGUGUUCGUUCGAGUUGCUCUUCUAUAGAUUUUCAUGUUGUUCUUGCUGUUAAGAGCUUCACAAAAGAAGACAGUCUUUGCGAUGAUGUGCGUUCUUCGACAUGCCCACCGAAAAGCACGGUAUCCAUAGUAAGAAAACUGGGCAACUCCGCCUGCAAUUCUUCGUUGACAAUGUCUGAAGGGAGUUUCAAGGCAGUUUUCCGUGCAAGAGAAUAUCUAAAUUUACUCACUUUUCAGAAAAGGCGGUAUCGUAAAAGAGGCAUACUGUAUGCUAAAUUAGUAAUACAAGUAAGUCAAUGAGGGAAAACACAAAGACAAAAGAAAGUGGUAUUCUAAAUAUGCCAUUUAUCGGCCAGUCUAAGGACAAUCAGUGCACGGCAUCCCUUACUUAUCACACAUAUGAACGUACUGCCACAUUGCAUUCUUAAUAGCGUUAUGAACCAAAGACCGAACUGGGAAACACGCAAGUCAAUGCAUGGGGUUGGUUUUUGAGGCUUGGUACUAUUUAACUGCUUGAUAAGAGUAUUUAUUUAUAUGACUACAAAUAGUUAUACGCACGUUGCAGUAAAAUGUAUAUUAUCAAACAUGCUUCAGCCACGAAAUCUAUUUUUAUAAAAACUCAAAUAAGGAAAAGUUAUCAUAACGUUAUGUCUGCGUAAGAUGACAAUCUCGUAGAUAGCUAUAUUAUAUAUUCUGGCGCCAUGCUAGAUUUAUUCAUUGUUUUAUCAAUAAACUGUAAAUAUAUUUAUACAUGCAUGAACCAAAGACAUAUAGCAUGUCUUUAAAUGGUGCCAAGUUUAGGUAUAUAUAUAUAAGUAAAUAUAUAUACACAUUUAUAGAUAUAUGAUUUGUGUAAAGUUACCAUCUGUUACAAGAAAUAGUGAGACAUUUAUUUUAAACUCUUUAUUACAACAAUUAAUUGUUUAACAUUCUUGUUCGCUGAUGAUGAUGGGGAAAUAUUGCAAUGAAACUUCUUUAUUAUCACAGUACUUAAUAUACAGAUAAAGACAACAAGAUAUUUGUACUGCGACUACUUAAUUGGAUUUUGCUGCUGAAUUGUCAACAUUUGCAUUCAUUAGAAGUACACGUGCAUGCAUUUAAGUAUCCGCAAUUUAUUUUGCAACAAAAUUAAACGAAAUUUUGUCUAAAUAACGCUUGAUACAAUACCACGAAAGCAAUUAUUUGUUUGAGGUUGUUUUGGAUAUGAAUAAGAUUGCAGUAAUUUUGGAUCGCACUUCUUAUGUAAGUAGUACAAUACUCAAAGGUUUUGAAUGUUAAACAGGCACACGAGUCCAAAUAUAAUAAGAUCUGCCGAUAUUCCAUUCACUUUUGAAGGAGUAACAUUAGCAUUGUAAUAUGCAAAUUCGAAGAAACGCUUUAUUUAUCUCAAUUUUGAAAACAAUCCACAUUUUAUAUACGACUUCAGACAAAUAAUAAUGAAAAUAUAGACAUAUGUUGCCUAUUCUGCUGUGUUUCGACAAAUUAUCUCAAUGGCUGCAAUAGACGAGUCACCCAUCGAUCAAAUUACUAAAUUGUAUCAAAUCACUAUUUACUAACAAACCAGUAUUCACUCAAACACCGAGUUUUCAGAUGUUGAGGAAGGUUAUAUGUCCAAAAACAUUAUCAUUUUAGUAUUAUUUUAAUCGAAAAUGCCACAUACCUUUUACCAUUUUAAAGGUACAGAUUUUUUAAGAUAGAAGAUUUUUAAAAUCGCGUCAACGAAAUGUCCUGAAGUUGCCAAUUAUGCCCCAGUGCUGGUUAAUUACUGCCCAUUGUAGGUGGACACAAAGACCACUGUUGGAUUAGAAAAUGUAAAAUACAAUAAAUAUCAGUCACAAUCCGACCUACUAGUCGAACUUUCAAGCUUUGCACGCUAAAUUAAAACCUUGGUAUUGAAAGAAUUGAGAAACAGUUUAUACCAAACAUUUGCGUUAUUACAAUGUCCCUCGUCAAAUAUAAAAAUAAACACUAAUUAUGAUUUCUUCAAGUUUAACUCAGACUUGAAUGAUACCAAAAUAACUUUCUGAACAAUACGUGCAGAGGUCAAUAAAGAAAAUCCAAAAUUGGGCACUCUUGUUUGUCUUUGUGUCAACUAACUUCGAGUAUCGUGUUUAUAUAAUUUACAUGUUCCUACAAGGACAGCAUGAGGCAUAUUCAAUUUGAGAAAUAAGUCUUCAUAUGCGGUUUCCUCUGACGUAAUGGUACGUCUACAGUUCCUGCAACCCUUUGGUUGCUUUUGGUAGGAGAUCCGGGUGAGAUCUCAACUGCUGCAAUCGCAGAUUGUGUUCGGUUGAAGAUUGUGUUUGCGAUUUUGUUUGUCUUUUUGUGGUUCACGGCGGGUCUUACAGAAAGCACAGCGGACUCGGACUACCAAAGCUUCCUAGGUACCACUUACCCCUUUCAUCUUCAUCUUCCUUCAGCGGGAAGAAGGAAACGGGACAUCUAUCCCCUCGCCCUUUAUUUUAUGGAAUAAUGCCCCCGUAUACUUUGUUAUACUGUGCUUAUCAAGAGAAGUGAUGUAGAAAAUUUCAUCAUUG